GCAGAAAAUAGAUACAUACAUCCAAUCGAUCACCCCAAGUUUCCUCCUCGUUCUCCCCCGAGUUCACUCGAGAGCAGAAUUUUGUAUAUGCUCAUGAGAAAUUUGUAUUCAGUGCGCAUGCCGAACCGUGUCUCGAGCGUCUUUGAAUUCCCUUUUCAUGUAAAUUUCGUUUGAUUUCAGUUUCAAAGUAUGGACAUAUCGAUGAAGAACAACGGAAAAAAGGAUUAAAGAAUUCGUUGAUGUCUAUUUCUACCUGAUUCAAUCGACAGCUAUGGAGUUCGCUUCUCUGUUUAAUUUCAGUAUUCAGAGACCAUGUGAAGCUCUGUUUUGGAUUUGUGCCUUUCUAUUGGUGCAGAAUAGUGAAGGCUCCUCGUCGGAUUCCAAUUAUUUGAUCGGACUUGGAAGCUAUGACAUCACUGGACCGGCGGCGGAUGUCAAUAUGAUGGGAUAUGCUAAUAUGGAGCAGACUGCGUCUGGAGUUCACUUCAGAUUGCGAGCUCGUACAUUUAUUGUUGCGGAGCCACAAGGAGAAAGGGUUGUAUUUGUUAAUCUAGAUGCUUGCAUGGCCUCGCAGCUGGUCACAAUCAAGGUGCUUCAGAGGUUGAAGGCAAGGUAUGGAGACCUUUACACUGAAAAGAAUGUAGCUAUUAGUGGAAUUCAUACACAUGCUGGACCAGGUGGUUAUCUCCAGUAUAUUAUAUACAUAGUAACAUCUCUAGGAUUUGUGCGACAGUCAUUUGAUGUCCUUGUAAAUGGUAUUGAGAACAGCAUUAUACAGGCUCAUGAGAACCUGCGCCCAGGAUCUAUUUUCAUAAACAAGGGGAAGCUUUUAGAUGCAGGUGUGAACCGCAGCCCUAGUGCAUAUCUCAAUAACCCUGCAGCAGAGCGCAGGAAAUACAAAUACAAUGUUGACAAGGAGAUGACACUACUGAAAUUUGUGGAUCUAGAAUGGGGCCCUAUUGGGAGCUUUAGUUGGUUUGCAACUCAUGGAACUUCUAUGAGUCGUACAAACUCAUUGAUUAGUGGGGAUAACAAAGGUGCCGCUGCACGAUUCAUGGAGGACUGGUUUGAGAAGAAAGGUGGGAUCGGCUCAGGUUUUGAUAUAUCUGUAGAUGACAGAAUCCCUCGAAGAGUUUCAAACAUAAUACCUAACCUUUUCACCAAUCAUCAUGAGUUACUUGAGCUUGCUGCAUCUUUCCAGCGUCCUUCUGGUACAUCAGCAACCAGGAUUCUAAGCUCUUCAAGACGUGUCAGGGGUGCCCUCACGAAUGCUGAUAAACCUCAAUUUGUGUCCGCAUUUUGUCAAUCAAACUGUGGUGAUGUUAGCCCAAAUGUUCUUGGAGCCUUCUGUGUAGAUACUGGACUUCCAUGUGAUUUUAAUCACAGUACCUGUGAUGGGAAGAAUGAACUAUGCUAUGGCCGAGGACCAGGUUAUCCUGAUGAAUUUGAAAGCACACGGAUCAUAGGAAAGAGACAAUUCAGAAAAGCAGUUGAUCUAUUUAAUAAUGCAUCAGAGCAGUUAAAAGGAAAGGUUGACUACCGUCACUCAUAUGUUGACUUCUCUAAGCUUGAGGUCACUCUUGAACGUGGAGGAACUACUCAAGUGGUGCAAACAUGUCCUGCUGCAAUGGGGUACUCAUUUGCUGCUGGAACCACUGAUGGACCCGGUGCUUUUGAUUUUAAGCAAGGAGAUGACAAGGGAAAUCCUUUUUGGAGGCUCAUACGUAAUUUUUUAAAGAAACCAAAGAAGGAACAAAUUGAUUGUCAACAUCCGAAGCCCAUCUUACUGGAUACUGGUGAAAUGACAAAACCAUAUGAUUGGGCACCUUCAAUACUUCCCAUCCAAAUCCUCCGAGUAGGGCAGCUAAUCAUUCUUGGAGUGCCAGGAGAAUUUUCAACAAUGGCUGGGAGGCAACUUCGUGAUGCUGUAAAAACAGUGCUAACUGAUGGAGGUAAAAGUGAAUUGAGUGGCGACAUUCAUGUUGUUAUUGCUGGAUUGACAAAUUCUUAUUCACAGUAUGUCACCACUUUUGAAGAGUACCAAGUGCAGAGAUAUGAGGGUGCUUCUACUUUAUACGGUCCUCAUACUCUAAGUGCCUACAUUCAAGAGUUUAAGAAGCUUGCCCGCGCGCUCGUCGACGGCCAAGCAGUUGCCGCAGGGCCACAACCUCCAGAUUUACUGGAUAAGCAGCUAAGCUUACUACCAUCUGUUGUGAUGGAUACAACUCCACAUUCAGUAAAAUUUGGGGAUGUAAAAUCUGAUGUUCCCAAGAAUUCCACCUUCAAGAGAGGCGAUAUGGUAACGGUUACCUUCUGGUCGGCCUGUCCUCGGAACGAUCUUUUGACCGAAGGUACAUUUGCACUGGUGGAGAUACUCCAUGACAAAAAGCUGUGGGUUCCAGCCUACGACGAUGACGAUUUCUGCCUGCGUUUUAAGUGGUCGAGACCGUUCAAGCUUAGCAGUCGAAGCCACGCAACCAUAGAAUGGAGAAUUCCUAAAACUGCAAGCGCAGGAGUGUACAGAAUAACACACUUUGGGGCAGCAAAAAGGCUUUUUGGAUCAAUACACCAUUUCACAGGCUCAUCAAGUGCUUUUUGUGUAAUGUAGGGAAUGUAUGUACCACGUAGUUAAAUAAAUUGCUGUUUAACUAAGGUUCGCCUUCAAAUCCAAAAGUUGCUUUACGGGUUUGUUUACAUCAAUCUUACAGAAAUAUACAACCAACAUGGGCGGUAUUUUCUGAAUUUUAAAGAAUCUUGGCCCAUUCACGUUA